AUGGCACAAGAAUCCAGAUCAUUAAGGUCCAACAAACAACCACAGUCUAGUGAUGAUGAAAAGUUUGAUUUCGAUGUUGAUGAGUAUGAAAUUGACCCCCACAAGAUCUUAAAAACUGUUAAUAGAGGUUAUCCAAAAGCUAUCAAGGCCGAUAAAAGUGGUAUUGAAGAUGUAGCUGAGAAGAGGAAAUUAAUUGGAAGUAUGAUCUUAGAGGUACAAAGGAAUUGUAUAGGGUGUAAGGACAACACUAAGGAAGAUACGCUACCAGAUGAACUUUAUUGGGCCUAUCAUAAGAAGAUGACAAGACAUGAAGCUAGAAUGUUGGAAUCAGAUGUGAUUCAAGGUGAAAAUGAAGCCGAUAAAUUGUCUUUAUGGUCUGAAAAAUUGGACUUAGCCCAUUGGCAACUGAAGUUAAAGCAGAUCACAGUAAUUAAGAAUUCUGAUGAUGAGGAAGAGAUGGAAAAGAAAAGAGUCUUAACCAAGGAGACGAUCGAUUCUAUGCUAGCGAGAUAUCAUACUAUGAAGAAAAAUCGGUCAAUUUUACUAAAGAACAACAGAACAGGUAAAAUUGAUCCGGUAAAGCAUUGGUCUCAAAUAUAUAAUAGAAUCAAUAGGAGAAUGGUUUUGGACUAUCACAGUUCGUCAGAUGAGGAGGAAAAUACAAUGGACAUCGAUCAAAUUAGAGCUCAUAGGAAACAUAUCAGAGAGCGGCAAUGUCGAGGAUCAAUCAUCAUCCAGUUGACUAUGGCGGCAUGCUCUUGUCACACUAAAUACGCCAUCAUAGCUGAACCACUGAGAAGGCCGUAUGUUAUCAGAAUCUCUAAACAAGAAAGACAUCGGUGGAAUAAACUGAUGCAACAGGCACCAGGGAAAUUUACCAAUUAUACUCAAUUUCCGAGUCAAGUGGCAUUACCGAAACGUAAGGUGGUUAUACCAUUAACAAUAAAUGGGGGUUCAAGUGAAAAAGUAUCUCGACCCAAUAGUGACUCCAGUUCAAAUAUCUCUGAUGGAAAUGCGCAUGCUCCAAUAGUUGGGAACAAAAAACAAUCCUUAGAUGCGCUACAAGUUGAAAUUCGUACACUUCCUGUUAAACGUGUGAAACGGAAAUAA